AUGACGCCUACUGAACAUGUGACUGCGUAUCAUUGUUCGUGUAAAUAUUCGCGGCGCUCGCAAAACUGACAAGCAAAUAUGGUCGUAGGAUUUCCGGGUCUAUAGGUCCUAGACUAUCCUAGCCCUUUAUAAUCUCCUUCCUCCGUCCUCCUCGGAGAGAGAUAUAUAGUGAGAGAGAGAGAAUUUCCGAUAUAUAGUGAGAGAGAGAGAGAAUUCGAGAGGAUACUCCCUCAGAUCCCUCUCGUCCUUUCUCUCGCAUUCCCACCAAUGGCUGGACCCAAGAAGUACAUUACAUCCGACGACCUCAAAACCCACAACAAACCCGGAGAUCUAUGGAUCUCAAUCCAAGGCAAGGUCUACGACGUCACCGAUUGGUCCAAAUCCCACCCGGGCGGCGCCCUCCCCCUCCUCUCUCUCUCCGGCCAGGACGUCACCGACGCCUUCGUCGCCUUCCAUCCCGCCACCGCCUGGCGCCACCUCGACACCUUCUUUAACGGCUUCUACCUCCAGGACUACGCCGUCUCCGAGGUCUCCAAGGACUACAGAAAGCUCGUGGCCGAGUUCUCCAAGCUCGGCCUCUUCGACAAGAAAGGCCACGGGGUCCUCCUCUCCUUCUGCGUCAUCCUCGUCCUCCUCGCCGCCAGCGUUUACGGGGUUUUACGUUCCGACAGCGCUGUGGUCCACCUGUUAUGCGGUGGAAUGAUGGGAUUUAUCUGGAUUCAGAGUGGAUGGCUGGGCCACGAUUCCGGUCACUACAAGAUCAUGCCCACCAAAGGGCUCAACAGAAUUGCCCAGAUCUUGACUGGGAACUGUCUGGCCGGGAUCAGCAUCGCUUGGUGGAAGUGGAACCACAAUGCCCACCACAUCUCCUGCAACAGCCUCGAUUUCGAUCCCGAUUUGCAGCACAUGCCCUUCUUCGUGGUAUCCUCGAAAUUCUUUCACUCCCUAACUUCUUGCUUCUACGAAAGGAAGAUGAAUUUCGAUGCGGUUUCCAGGUUCCUGGUUAGUUACCAGCACUGGACUUUUUACCCUGUCAUGUGUAUCGCCAGAAUCAACCUGUUUGCUCAGUCAAUCGUAUUGUUGCUGUCGAAGCGAAAAGUACCCUAUCGGGGUCAGGAGAUUUUGGGGCUGCUAGUGUACUGGAUUUGGUAUCCGUUGCUUGUUUCGUGCUUGCCCAAUUGGGGAGAGAGGGUUAUGUUCAUCCUUGCUAGCUUUGCUGUUACUGGGAUACAACAUGUUCAGUUCUGUUUGAACCAUUUCUCGUCGACCAUUUACCUCGGUCCGCCCACUGGGAACGACUGGUUUCAGAAGCAGACUAGGGGGACUCUGAAUAUAGAUUGCGCGUCUUGGAUGGAUUGGUUUCAUGGCGGAUUACAGUUUCAGAUUGAGCACCACUUGUUUCCUCGAUUGCCUCGGUGCCAGCUGAGGAAGAUCUCCCCCUUUGUUGUGGAGUUGUGCAAGAAGCAUAAUUUGCCUUACAACAUUGCCCCGUUCUGGGAAGCUAAUGUGUUGACUGUAAGGACGCUGAGGAAUGCGGCUUUGCAGGCUCGGGAUCUUACCAAUCCUGUCCCCAAGAAUUUGGUUUGGGAAGCUGUUAACACUCAUGGGUGAAAUGGUUUUGGGGGUCAUGUGAAGCUUCUUUAGAAUUCGCAGCUGCAGCGAUUGAAGCUUCUCACAUGGGUUUUUUGUAUGGUGAUCUUAUCCUAGUUUUUUUCCGUGGUUAGCAUCCUCGGUAUAAAACAAAUGAAAAUAAUCGGUCGUUCCAAUUGUUUCUUUCUUGUUCUUCGUGUUUGCAGGGUCAUCUUCAGAUUAGGUGGUGAAUGAUUUAGACGAUUGAUCUGCACUCUGUUGGAUGUGGAAUAAAGAGAUCUACUGCAUUCAACAUUUAGCUAAAAAUGUCUUUAUGCUUUUAAGCUUCUAUAAAAAUUAUUGAUCUGAUUCAGUUGAAAUUUCAUUGGUUUCUGGAGCAAAAAUAUUGUAAUAUUUGGUACUUCUUAUGUUCGUUCAAUUGCAAAAGUUGUUUGAAGAUC